AUGUUCUUGUCUUAGUGAAAUCUCAAGGCCAGUCCACUUGUGAGGAAUUCGAUUGGUUUCUUUAAGGAAUGUACCAAACGCUGCAGUAUUAUCGGACUGCGUGUGAUCUCUUUCAUGCGGCAUUUUAUCGCUGUGGAUCUUCAAAUCAAAACUUUUCAUGACUUGAAAGAACGAGUCAAAAGGACUUUCAUUUAAACUCGAAGAAGUAUCGGCAGCUGCUGAAACCGAGAGCGUGACAGCAGGAGGUUCAAGCUGGUGAGGUUCGGAAGUAUGUCCUACAGUGAUCAGACUCCACCCAGCACCAGCAGAACCAGCAACACGAACUCUGGGGCUCAAUAUGCUACCGCCGCUCUGGGCGUAGGUCUCAUUGCUCUGGGGAUUGUCAUGCUUGUGUGGAGCGUGGUGCCAUCGGGGUCGGGAAGUAACAGCUCCAAACCGGAGUCUGGUCCAUUUCGGAACACCUCGUCUGUUUCAUUUGUGCUGACGGGCGGAGGCAUGGUGUUACUUCUGCUGUCUGUGUGUUUGAGUUUACGGAACAAACAGCGAGCGGCCAGGGGGCAGGUCGGCAGCACACCCGCAAAUGCCCAGGAGGGGGCUACGCAGGAGCAGUUAGCUCAGAGUUACAUGGUCCCCAGUUACGAGGAGGUGGUCGAGAGUGGCAUGUACCCCAUCACUCAAUCCUCCGUGCGGCACAACAGCGCCACCCAGCUGCCAGCCUAUGAGGAGCUGGUUGAAAAUCAACAAGUCGAGGAUGGUUCGAACCCAACGCGCAGGCACUCAUCUCAAACCGAACCCAGUGCCGGAGUGGAAAGACGCAAAAACAGCCGUCCUGGUCGCAAGCUGAUUCCCCUCAAGCUCAGACGCAUCAAGUCUGAGAACCUGAGAAGGAAGAGUUUAAGCGAUGCCCCACAGAGCUUUGUUUUCACCAUCGAACCCCUCACGCCACCCCCGCAGUAUGACACUGAGCCCAUCCCACUACCACCAGAAACACAACAGUGACGGUUUACACUAACACGGUUUGGUGAAGUGUGUCUACCUCCUUUAUGAAAUCCUCCUGCACUGAGUUGCGAUGUCUCAACUUCUCUAGAGUCGAGGAACAGUCAGCGAUGCAAAAGAUCAUGGGACAGCAGUAAGGGUAACAACUCUGUGGUAAUGCGUUCCCAUAUAACAUUAUGUAUUCCUAUUUUGGUUGUACUCUUUCUGUAAGUGAACCCAGCAGCUGAGAAAGCUGAUCGAAAGAACACUGAUGGCGAUCCACACAUUUAAACCAAACUGGAUUUAAAAAAGUUUACUGAAAAACUGGUGGUAUUGCCAUUAAACGUGAAACUGAGCAUCCAAGCUGUACAAACCUUGAUUUCACUGGAUGUCCUCAAACAUUUUCAAAGAGACUUAACUGUGAGUCACAUUAGCACUUGCGUUAUUGCACAAAAGAAUGUGUGUUUGUGUGUGUUCUGGGGGGAUGAGUUCACAUUUUUUUUGUACUUAAAUUUAUUGUUUGUAUUGGUUUGUUUUGGCCUUAGACGUGUGUGUGUGAAAGUACGAUUGUUGUUAUUCUGGACCUUGUUGCCAGAGUGAAAGACUGUGAGAUCAUCAGAAUGAUUAUCUCUUACGACACAGAGAUGCUCUUUGACCCUGCAGCUGCGUUUUGUAUCACUCUUACAAACACACAUCCCUCUUUCACUAACUUCCAUGCACAAACACUUGGUCUUUUCAUCCCUCUGUUUUGUUGCUGAAAACAUCUAGAUGAUUUGUAUGAUGAGAACUGUGUUUAUUUAUCCAGUAUGAUUCGAGCACUACAUCAUCUGUCUUCACUGCUCCAAACACUCCUCAAUAUCCACGCCCAUAUUAAGACACAUCUGGUUAUAGCUGAGAACAGAGUCUGGAUUUUCUAAUGAGACUGCAGGAAAAAAAUAUGCAAAAUGUUGCUGAAUCUCAUGUGCAAUUAAUUGAUCUGAUGUAUGUUUCUUGUGCUGAUUUAUUAUAUUUUCUAGUUUUGUAUUUCCUGUUGUAAUCUAGUGUUGAAUAGUCAAAAAAGUUAGCAAUUUAGAUGUUAUUUAUCUCCAUUAUCCUAAAUUAUUUGCGUUAGGAGGAACGGUUAUUGUAUUGAAAAACCGAGAGAGGUCUAUAUCCAGAACAUUUCGUCAAUUAUGUUGCUAAAAAAAUGAAAAUGUUAACGAUCAUUUUAGUAAUAAAGUUUGUUGACUGAUA